GUAUUACGUGGUAAACUAGGACUACUAGGACUGUAAAGGCGGUUCGUUUCCCGCUGUUUUUUCAGUAUCGUUACGAUCAAGUGGUUUGAGAAGUUACACAAGUUUCACAAGUCAGUGAUAAACGAAGGAAAAAUGUUAAAAUUCGUAAAAUUGUCUGAUAAAGCGUUUGCACCAGUAAAGGGAUCACAAUAUGCUGCUGGGUUCGAUUUAAGAAGUGCCUAUGAAUACAUUGUGCCUGGACAUGGUAAAGCACUCGUCAAAACAGAUUUGCAAAUUGAAGUUCCUGACAGCACAUACGGAAGAAUAGCACCACGUUCAGGAUUGGCAUGGAAACAUCAUAUUGAUGUAGGCGCAGGUGUUAUUGACGCCGAUUAUCGCGAGGAAAAUGUAUGGAAGCUCUGUCAAGAUGUAACGACCAGACAUGGAUCGGAAUUACAGCAUUGCUAUGUUGCUUUCGUGAGCAACUCCUGGCGUAGCGUACCGCUUUGGCGACAACGUGCAGGAAAGGACGAGGAUAAGCUCGUAGUUUGGGACUUCCACGUAAUCCUUAUCUACGCACCCGACGAAAGGGCGGUUGUUUACGAUUUAGAUAGCGCGUUGCCGUUUCCGACGCAUUUCUGGAAAUACGCGAUGGAAACGUUUAGAUCGGACGAGGUUCUACAGCCAGAACAUCACAGAAGAUUCAGAGUGAUCCCAGCCAAUGUGUACUUGCGAGAAUUUGCAUCGGAUCGACAUCAUAUGAAACGCGAGGAUGGAACAUGGAUCAAGACGCCACCGGAUUAUCCACCAAUUUCAACAUCAACGUGCAAGGACAACUUGGAUUCCUUUAUUAACAUGGAUCCAGGGACCGGGUUUGGGGUUGUAUUGACUUUAGACCAAUUAUUCGACCGAUUUCAUAGGCCGAAUGCGAUCCCAACGGCUCCUCGUACACCUCAUCCGCAACCUACACCGACUUAAGUAAACUGCUAAGUAAGUUCCGCAAGGAUAACGAUUGUCUGCUUCGAUUUCCAAUUGUCAACAAAUGAAUUGUAUGGCCUAAGGGAAUUGGUUAAGUGCAUGUACCUUUAUGAACCGAAAUUGGGUUAAUAUUCGAUGAUAACAUUUAUCUAAGCAUUAUUCAUCGUUCAAAAUCACAGCUAUAUCUCUGUGAAUGAUAAACCGAUCAUUUUAUUUCUAUCAACAUUCUUAAUUCGCUAUAUAACCUUUAACACUAUCCCUGUUUAUAUGUGUCUCACGCAUUUUUUUACUCCUACCUAUUAAUUCGAAUUUAAAUAUAAGGUGUUCCAUGCGACGCACAGGAUUUCUUUAAGUGCCGUUGGUCGAGCGUUACAAAUAUUACACAGUGUGAAACACCCGUAUAAAACCGUAUAUUUAAGAUUUUAAGUAUAUAUAAUGGAUAUUCGUGUGGAUCCAUAAAUGGAUCGUACAAUUGGAACUUAUUAAUUCUACAAACAAUUUGAUUUGAAAAUUCAGCAUGAUUAUUUCUCGAUUUAAUAAUAAUGAUGAAAACCUCUUCUUAUUUCAAUGUUAUCUCAUUUAACAAAACCGUAUAAGCUACAUGAUGUAAUAUGUAAAUUAUUAAAUAUUGAAAACGGUGAAAACCAUAAAUUUACAUAAAGAUACUAA